GAAAGCAUCGUCGAUUCACUCAUUGCGACUUGGCGCACAAAGGCGUAGCAUUCACGAUUCGCGAUCGCAACCGCAGUCGAGCUGCAUGGCUCUGUCUGUGCUGGCACUCAGCAGGUGUGUAAUUUCUCUCCCGCGCCUCCCUCACGUCGCGCUAACGUCGGGAUCGGGGAAAGCUAAGAAGAAUUUCAGACCGCUUGCUCGCCCUACACCUGCUGGCUGACCCGAGGGCAGAUACAACCACUCGCCGCAACCAGAGCACUGCUCAAUCGCAAGUCCUGGGUAGCAUAUCUGGGUGGAUCGCGUCUCACAGCGCUCACAGUGUGCGCGAAGCGGAUCGAGGUGGCGAUUGCGGCGGAACGGCAAGCAGGAUAGGCGAUCGUUCGGCUGCGAUCGACAUCAAGCGCUCAGAAGCGCUGCUGAGCGCUCAACUCGAUCAGUCUAGCACCCCUCCAUCAAGCUCAGCUUCAACAAUACAAGUCAUGCAGGCCCUUCCCCGCCCUGUGGAGCUCAGUGCUUACACUGGGUCUCAAGACGAUUCUUCUGUCGUGCGCGCCAAUCUGAUGCCAUUCUCGAUUGACUACGAUGGUCCCGCACCCGUUUCCCGCUACAUGGUCGUACGCUCGGCCUCAGACACCGAGUCAUCUGUUGAGUUGGAGCACUCUGAUCCCUCAGCGGCUUUGGUGUCGGCAUUUAGAGGGAGAACGAUCCACGGCACGCCCAUAGCUGUGCCUGCUGGAUACAAGGCUCAUGUGGUAGAAGUCCCCACGGAGGUAGAGCUCCUUGCAGCUCAGGCGACCAGCUUCGGCACCGGUACUCCAAAGGCCACGAGCUCGUCUCAACACGAAUCAAAGCGUCGACGCACGGAUGCGCACCAGCAAGGGCCUCCAUUCGCAGAGUCCGCUCUCCGACGCUCUCCGAGAAAGAUGGCGGCAGCAAGCAGCAGUAGCACAGCUGCAAGAGCCAAAUUCACCACAAUGAAGACCUUUUCAAUGGACGACUCUGAUGACGAGGCACAGGAGGAUGAAGAAAAGGAUCUCACUUGGGAUGCGGCCAUACAAGACGACGCGAAUCACGAGCCAGAACUAGACUUGGAGGGAUCCCUUGAUGCCGCUACAUCGACCAGCACCGGCAAUGGCCUCGCCACGGAGCCCGGGAACGAGCAGCAAGUUGCCAAGCAGCUGCAAAUCGGUGCGAGCUGCGGAGAACACAUCGUCAUCUGGUCCCCCGACGGGCCCGUCGACGAGGGCGAUGACGCGUACAUCCGCACGCUUCGAGAAUACCUUGGCGUCAUCGCACCCGCACUACAUACCUCAUGAUCCAUCGAAUACAUCAGUUCGCUAAUGACCCUAGCUUUGUCCACUACAUUCGUGUCCCAGCCAUACCGGCCCCUCCCGCAUUGCCUCCAUAUCCAGCAAAUGAGCCGACGCUGUCCGCGCUCCGACCGCUCUCGCUUGCAUCAUCACUUUCACUUCUCGACUUCGCGUCCUCGUCCUCCUCGAGAUUCGUUGCC